ACUUUGGUUUGGAUGAAAACUACUUCAGUUCACUGAGUAACUGUGGAGGUGAACGACGCUAAACAAUGAAGCUCCUGUGAAAAAGUACAGAAAUAGUUUGGAGUAAAGUCGCCGAACACUGCAGGAUCCCUUCUUCUACAUUUCGUUGGUCGAAAACUAUUCAUUGAGCACAAGAUGAUGUCCGACGCCAGCGAUAUGUUGGCAGCAGCCUUGGAGCAAAUGGACGGGAUCAUAGCAGGCUCCAAGGCCAUGGACUACUCUAACGGGUUGUUUGACUGCCAGUCGCCCAGCUCACCUUUCUUGGGUGGCCUCAGGGUGCUGCACCUGCUGGAGGACUUACGGGGAGUCCUGGAGCUCAUGGACAUCGAGGAGAGGGACAACCUGCGAUGUCAGAUCCCCGAUUCCACUGCAGAGGGGCUGGCGGAGUGGCUGCAGGGACGACUGACUAACGGCCACGGCUCAGGAGCAGUCUACCAAGAACGUCUGUCACGACUGGAGAGUGACAAAGAGUGUCUUGUUCUUCAGGUAAGUGUUCUAACAGACCAGGUGGAGGUGCAAGGUGAAAAGAUUCGGGACCUAGACAACUGCCUGGAUCAUCAUCGGGAGAAACUAAAUGCUACUGAGGAGCUGCUACAGCAGGAGCUGUUUAACCGGACAACACUGGAAACCCAGAAGCUGGAGCUGAUGACCGAGUUGUCCAGUCUGAAGCUGAACCUGACGGCUGUGGAGAGAGAUCACAGGGACAAUGAGGGCUUGUACCAGGAAGUAACGGACCUGCGGUUCAGGGUGACUGACAUAGAGAAUGAAAGACUGCUGUGUGAGAAGAAACUCAAAGCUACCAAACAUCCGAAGCGGAGCGCUGAGCGGUUCACUGGAGGCGAGGAGGAGCUGCAGCUUCUGCAGAGUCAUCUGGAGGAGCGAGAGGUGGAGCUGAGGAGGCUGAAGGACGACAGCAGACUGAGGCUGGAGAGCCACCACAGAGCCGAGGGAGGAGAGAGAGAUACAGAAGUGUUGAAGAUGAAGAUGGUGUUGGAGUCGCUGGCGUCGGCUAACGAUGUGAAGGAACGAAGGAUAAAGGAGCUGGAGGAGUCGCUCACAAAGUGCAAGAAAGUGCAGGAGCUGGUCAGAGAGAAGUUAAAGGACGACGACUACGACGAUAUCCCAGAUGAUCCCUCGCUUCCCGUAUCCAUGGAGGUGGAUCAGGUCACGCUGGCGUUGGAAGGGGAGACAGGAAGAAGCUCUGGCGAGUCUAUUCCAUGUAUAGCAGUGCUCUCUGAAAUGAAUGACCUGGACAGAGAACGACUGUUACAGGCAGCCGAAAGCUCCUUAGACGUCCCACAGCCGGGCGGCUCCGCCGUAACCAGCAGCACUGACCAGGCCAAAAAUAGAGCAGGACCUAGUUCCUCAUCUCCUUCCAGAGCAAGUGAGGAGAGUUUUGGUACCAAGAAGGCCCGUUCUUCUUUCGGCCGUGGCUUCUUCAAGCUGCGUGGCGGCAAGCAGGCAGCCAGCUCUCCAAACCUGGCUGAGGCAGAGCGUAAAGGCACAGAGCACUUGGACUUGGCCGGCGUUCCUCCACGAAAAUCUCACGAUGGAGCUCCUCUGCCGUCGUCACCUGAAACCAAAAAGAAGUCCAAAGGCUUCCUGAAAUUCUUUGGCAGGCUAAAGAGGAGUCACUCUACCUCCUUCAACCUCGAUGAUGCAGCUGAGAUGGAGUUCAGGAGGGGAGGAGUCAGAGCCACGGCCGGCCCGCGACUCGGCUGGUCACGUGAAUCCAAACACAAUGCUGUUGAGGUUCCUUUCUCGCGGUGGAGUAAAGAUGAAGUUUGUGCGUGGCUGCAUGAGCAGGGUCUCGGGUUAUAUGUCGCCCAGGGUCAUAACUGGAUCAAAUCGGGACAGACACUACUGCGGGCAUCACAACAUGAUCUGGAGAAGGAGUUGUGCAUGAAGCAGCCCCUCCACAGGAAGAAGUUGCAGCUGGCUCUGCAGGCUCUCGGGUCAGAAGAGGAUUAUCUGAAGGGCAGACUGGACCACAACUGGGUGACCAGGUGGCUGGAUGACAUCGGCCUCCCGCAGUACAAAAGUCACUUUGAUGAGGCUCGUGUUGAUGGAUGCGUGCUGCACUACAUGACAGUGGAGGACUUGCUGUCUCUGAAGGUGGGCAGUGUUCUCCAUCACCUCAGCAUCAAGAGGGCCAUUCAGGUCCUCCGCCUCAACGGCUACGAACCCAACUGUCUCCGGCGACGACCCUCUGACGAGAACAACAUGACGCCAGCAGAGAUCUCCCAGUGGACCAACCACAGAGUGAUGGAGUGGCUGCGGUCUGUGGAUUUGGCCGAAUACGCUCCCAAUCUGAGGGGCAGCGGUGUUCAUGGAGGACUGAUGGUGUUGGAGCCCCGCUUCAACGUGGAAGCGCUCGCCCUUCUGCUCAACAUUCCACCCAACAAAACCCUGCUGAGACGCCACCUGGCCACACACUUCCACCUGCUCAUCGGCUCCGAGGCGCAGCGGCUCAAACAGGACUGUCUGGAAAACCCAGACUACACCGUCCUCACCGCCACCGCCAAGGUCAAGCCUAGACGCCUGUCAUUCGGAGGUUUUGGCACUCUGAGGAAGAAACGUCAGGAUGAUGGCGAUGAGUACGUCUGCCCCAUGAACGUGGAAAUGCCCAAGAGCAGCAGCUUCCAGAGAGGCGUCCGGAUCUAUGAGGAACACCUCGACCACCUGGAACAAAUGGAAGACUCUGAAGGGACCGUGAGACAGAUAGGAGAGUUUUCUGAGGAAAUCAACAAUCUAACGAGCAUGCUGAAGGAAGAUGAGUUCUAUCACGAGAUCUCCGUCGAGGCGGCAGAAACCGAUCACGACCGCGCUGUUUGAUUGAGACGAUGGGCUCCCGAGUCGCUUUGUGACAAAAGAACAAUCUGUGCCAACCGGAAUCCACAUCCCUCCACCGCCCACCGACCUUUGUAGAAGAACAUGUGAGACCACCACUUGACAGUAUUUUCAUCAGUCAGAAGUACAGCCAUAGCUUUCAUCACCAUAUAUAUUUAUUGAAGCUGUCCAAGAUAUAAUGCAUGAACUGAAAAUGCAAGAUUUUAUUGCAUUAAUGUACUUCGUAUUAUUCAAGCAUUUGUUUUCAAUAAUCAUUGAGGUAAGCAUAUUGGUUUUUGGUAUUUCUCCCCUUUGUUUUGAGUGUAGUACUCAAGUUUUAAUGUCCUCCGCUGAGGUCAAAUUCAUUUGUUAGUGGUACGUUAAGUUGCUAUAAGGUCUUUUCAGAUGGAGAGUGACACUCUGACUGCGCUCCACGAGUAAACGACAAGUGCUAUGCGUGGUAACGGCCUCCGUGAACUACUGUAUGUAUCAUCAUAUUUCCAUAAUCAAAGCUUGAUUUAUUGACACGUGACAGUCCUAGAUGCCAACCAGACUGUUAUUGUUGAUAGCCAAAGUUAGCUAAAUUAGCAUUGUCGUUAAAACUAUACUAAACGUUAUCUGAUACAAACGACAGCGAUAGUUUCACACGCCUCUAAUUACAAUGAAAAUGAAUUACAAAGCGCAUCAAUCGCUCCCCGUCUGAAAAGACCUUUAGGUUAUCUUAAACAUCAGUUCAUUGAAA